AUGGCCACUGGAUCGCUGGCGUGGCGACCGCAUCAGGAUCUGGAAACAGACCAGACAAAGGUUGGCUUCGUGGUCUACGCCGGAACCGUUCGUGACUGUCGUGACUUUCACGAGUGGGAGUUCCGAGCGAUGACACGGACCGCCAUCAACGAAGCUUUCCUGACAGACCUGCUGUUGGACAGCUCAGGUUUUGGACGGCAGGAGCGGCCGAUGGUGCUGACACUAAUGGCCGGCUCGACAGCGACCAAGGAAGCCGAAAGACGCUGGAAUUGGGAAAGGAACACCUGGAAGGGCGCCAAAGGCGCGAAGGGUGGAAAGAAAGGGCACGGCACAGGAUCCCAGAAGGGGAGGCUAGCACGGCCUACGUGGCGGAAGAAGAGGCUAACGACAGACGCUUCCUUGAAGGACAACGCCUUCCUUGGCACCGAAGGUUUCGACGAGAACGUCCGAGAGAGUUUGGCGUUCCUGGCGGACGUUGUUGCGCAGGCCGAGACUGUCGCCUUUAUGACUAGGUCCAGGUCGAAAGCGAAGGGCAAGGGAAAGCCCGUAGCUUCAAAGGGCGCGCACUCGUACCGACCCAGGACGACAAGCCUGACGGUGCAAGACCGCAGGAAGAAGCUCCAGGAGAUAAAUGCAAGGCAUGUGGCUUCAAAGGUCACUGGAUUGGAGACAGAGAGUGUCCCGGCAAAGGCUGACAAAAGGGCCCGGUUGCGCACUUUGCGCAGGUGA